CGCCCGCCCCCCGGCACCGCCGCCGUCUGCCCAGCGCUGGCAGCCCCGGGAGAUGGUGACACAUGAAGCGUGCGGGAAGGACCAUGGUUGAGAGGACCAGCAAGUUCUUGCUGAUCGUGGCCGUCUCGGUGUGCUUCAUGCUCAUCCUGUACCAGUACGUGGGGCCGGGGCUGAGCCUGGGUUCCCCCAGCGGCCGCUCCUACUCGGAGGAGCUGGACCUCUUCCCCACGCCGGACCCGCACUACGUGAAGAAGUACUACUUCCCCGUGCGGGAGCUGGAGCGGGAGCUCGCCUUUGACAUGAAGGGCGAGGACGUGAUCGUCUUUCUGCACAUCCAGAAGACGGGCGGCACCACCUUCGGCCGCCACCUGGUGCAAAACGUGCGGCUGGAGGUGCCCUGUGACUGCCGGCCCGGGCAGAAGAAGUGCACCUGCUACCGCCCCAACCGCCGGGAGACCUGGCUCUUCUCCCGCUUCUCCACGGGCUGGAGCUGCGGGCUGCAUGCUGACUGGACCGAGCUCACCAACUGCGUGCCCGGGGUGCUGGACCGCCGGGAGAGCGCCGCCGCCAAAGCACCCAGAAAAUUUUACUACAUCACACUGCUGAGGGACCCCGUAUCUCGUUACCUCAGCGAAUGGCGUCACGUCCAACGAGGAGCUACGUGGAAGACAUCCUUGCACAUGUGUGAUGGCAGGACACCAACUCCUGAAGAGCUGCCAUCCUGCUAUGAAGGCACGGACUGGUCAGGAUGCACGCUGCAGGAGUUCAUGGAUUGCCCAUAUAAUUUGGCCAACAACCGCCAAGUGAGGAUGUUGGCUGACUUGAGCUUAGUGGGCUGCUACAACAUGUCAUUCAUCCCAGAGAACAAGCGAGCACAGAUCCUGCUAGAGAGCGCAAAAAAGAACCUCAAAGACAUGGCCUUCUUUGGCCUGACAGAGUUCCAGAGAAAGACUCAGUACCUGUUUGAGAGAACUUUUAAUCUGAAAUUCAUCAGGCCCUUUAUGCAGUACAACAGUACACGGGCAGGUGGGGUGGAGGUAGAUAAUGACACCAUACGGAGGAUUGAGGAGCUCAAUGACUUGGACAUGCAGCUCUAUGACUAUGCAAAGGACCUCUUCCAGCAGCGCUACCAGUACAAACGGCAACUAGAGAGGAUGGAGCAGAGGAUAAAGAAUCGGGAAGAGAGGCUUCUUCACCGGUCCAAUGAAGCACUUCCCAAGGAAGAGACCGAAGAGCAAGGGCGCUUGCCCACUGAGGACUACAUGAGCCAUAUUAUAGAGAAGUGGUAGCCUAGGCAGACUUUUAUAUUAAUGAGAUUCUAGGGUUUCCAUAUAAAAGAUCAUGGAAGUAAAAUUACAAAAACAACAAAAAAUAUUUUAUUUAAAAGCAAGUCUGUAAAACAGAAGAUAGAUUGCUUCCUUCAGCAUAGGGUCUUUUUACUGUUUCUUACAAGACCGAUGAGAUUCUUAAAAAAAAUAAAUAAAUACAUAAAAAUAGAAAAGGGUCAACAUUAUAAGGCGGAGGUAAAAAAUGCACAAAUGCAGUUACUGUUACCCACUCUUAAGGCCAAAUACAAAAGAACGUUUCUUAUCCUCCUGACUCAGACGUAAAGGACAGAAGUAGGAUUUUUUUUUUUAAUCUGUUUAUCCCCUGAGCAUAAUGAUGUGAAGAUGCAUAAUUAAAAAACAAGAAAAGGGAGGUUUUCUUCUGUGGAUAUUUUUGGAGGUGGGAUGGAAAUUGUAUUGUUUGUAAGUAAAUGGUAACAGUGACUAAGUUGAGGAUGUGCUAUCCUGUCAGGCUGUGAUCUAAGCACAAGGGUUGCUGCUCAGUUUCCGCUGGCAGCCGCUGCCAGAAAAUAGAGCAUCAUAAAAAUAAAAGAAGAAGAAAAACAUCAGAGGAUGAGAAA